AUGCUGCUGGUGAAGCUAAAAGCACCUCGUGCAGCUGAAGCAGUUUGCUCUUAAAGCUGGAAGACCAGAGGCUGAGAAUCAUGACAAGCAGAUUUUCUGCUUGUGUGCUGGCUUUGCUGCACUUCUGUUGUUCCUCUGACUCUUACGAACCACCAGCACUGCCUGAUGUUGGAGAUCCAAAAUUUAUUGAGGAAUGUGUGCAAGCCCAUAACAGAUUCCGGUCUGGAGUGAAUCCACCAGCCAGCAACAUGCUCUACAUGAGUUGGGAUCCGGAUUUGGCAACAACUGCGAAAGCUUGGGCAAAGAAAUGCCUGUUUAAACAUAAUACAUACCUCAAAGAUCCAGGACAGGCUCACCCCAAAUUCACCCCUGUUGGAGAAAACCUCUGGACUGGCUCUAUUUCUAUUUUUACUGUGCAAGCAGCCAUCACCUCUUGGUACGAUGAGGUCAGUGCCUACAAUUAUGCCACCAAUAAGUGCAGAGGAGUAUGCGGCCACUACACACAGAUUGUUUGGGCUACAAGCUAUAAGGUUGGCUGUGCUGUCCACUUCUGUCCCAGUGUGGCAUACUCCUCCAUAACCAAUGCGGCACACUUCAUCUGCAACUAUGGGCCGGCUGGGAAUUACCCAGGACGCCCGUACAAGACGGGAACAGCAUGCAGCGACUGCAACAGCGAGCCGUGUGCUGGCCGGCUGUGUCAAAAUGCAGAGCGGGACAAAGUCAUUAGUUAUUCCAGGUGGCGUCCAGACUGGGACAGACCUGCAUGUGACGAGUACUGCAUCACUGUUAUUGCUUUAAGGCUGUUACUCCUUAUACUGACAAUUCUGGCUGCCUGGCUCCUACCAAAAUACUGGUCUCUAGCACCCACCAGUGAGUGACACACAUGCAGAAGAUCACGAGAGCACUUGGGUCUACUCAUCCCAUCCCGGCACAUAAGUUACUGGCAGCGCAAAAAUCGGUAGAGACAUUGUUUGCAUCCACAGGUGACUUAGAAGAGCAGAAAUAGUCUUAGUCACAGGCAGCAGCUAGGAGAGCUGAUAAGCAGCUUUCUCAUUGCUCAGAACCAGCAACUGGUUUUCAAUUUCCCAUGUAUUUUUUCAAAGUGGAGCGGUAUGAGUGGGAUCCGGUGGGUAAGGGAGCACACUGCCCGGGCAGCACCCUGAGGCGUAGGCAGCUGCCCACCACAAUUUCUUAGGAAGGGCUGGAGGGUGCCCAGCUGAGGAGUGGGGCCCCAGCCCCGGCCCCAGGCAGAGCUCGCUCCUCCCCCCUUCAUAUGGCUCUUUCCUUGGACACUCCUCCAACAAGAUGGAGAGUAGCCUUGGAGAGAUUUUUCAUUUAAAUGUUUGUGGGUUUUUUUAAAAAGAAUUUUUGGACCUCGGUGAGCUCUUGCAUUUGCAUCCGGGGGCAGGCAGUGCGUUUCCCAGUCUUGCAGUGCACUGGGGCCACUGGCACUCCUCUUUGCUUUGAAUUUGGUUUUAAACAUGUCCUCUGUGCCAAGACAUAGUUUCACCUGUGUUUACACAUGAUUAUGUAUCACCACAAUCUUUCCUGUUCUUUUUUUUUCUGAGCAUAUAUAUUUUUGACCAUUGUUUCAAAUAAUAAAUCAUUAUU